AAAACAUCUUUAUCGUGUAGUUUGUGUGUGGACGAGCAUAGAGGACAGACGUUAGCGAUGUCGCGACCCGUUCUAUCAACGCAUGUGUUGGACACAUCGACGGGAAGGCCUGCAGCGGCGCUGUUUGUUGAAUUAUACAAGAAAAAAGAAAAUUCCUGGGCUCUCUGGCACAGCACAACAACUACCAGUGAUGGCAGAAUACAGUUUCCGUUCACGUAUGACUCCAUGUCCGGGGGAACCUACAAGUUGAUGUUUAAAGUUGGUGAUUAUUAUAAAAUGCUUGAUAAGGAGACGAUAUAUCCUUUUGUUGAGAUAACAUUCAACACAAAAGACGGCGAACACUACCACAUACCACUACUGCUGAGCCCGUACGGAUAUUCUACUUACAGAGGAAGUUAAACUAGUAAUACAAUAAACUUUAUUUUUUACAUUC